AUGGCAAAGACCAAAGACUCAGCAAAGGACCCCAAGGUCAAGAAGCCGUACCACAUCAAGAAGGCCGACCUGCAUCUCGACGAAUAUAUCGAAGAGCAAAACUCCAAGAAUCCUUCGCUGCUCGUCCAACGCGCUGCUAGCCACCUCAGGAACUCGUUCCAGUUCAAGCUCUACCUCGCCUUGCAGCUCGUCGCCGUCAUGAUUGGCUACGGCCAAGCAAUGCUAAUCGUGGGCCUGCUGUGGGCAAUGAUUGUGAACACCGGCAAGCGGAGGGAGGGGGAGAUGAGUGCCUAUUCUCUCUUCAACGAAGAUGUCCAAGCCCGGAACGUUAUGGCGAAGUCAGGGCGAAAGAUCCAACUGGUCCGCAUCGCACACGUCUAUUAUCGGCACAAGGACUGGGAGAAGGCACACGAGUUUUUGAAGGACUUUGGCUUCGAGGAAUGCAAGAGGACUGACGACAAGAUCUACUACCGGGGCUACGGCCGGGAACCCUUCGUCUACUGCCUGAUCAAGAGCGACAAGGAUGAAUUCGGCGGCGCCGCUUUCGUAGUCGAGUCCGAAGAUGAAUUGAACUACGCUGCCCAGGUACUACCCGAUGCCACCGGGCCCUACGAGUUGAAGGACGCUCCUGGCGGCGGAAAAUGCGUAACAUUCAAGGAGCCUGUCGACGGCUUCGAGAUGCAUCUGGUCUACGGUCAAGCCCCUGCGCCUGAUGAGAGAGUCCUUCCCGAGCUCGCCUUCAACUUUCCGACCCAGAAGCACAGGCCCGAGGGCAAGUUCCAGCGCUUCGAGAAGAAACCGGCGCCUGUCCACAAACUCGGCCACUUCGGACUCUGCGUCACCGACUUCAACAAGGCCUACGACUUCUACCAUGAACACUUCAACUUCAUCGAUAGCGAACUGAACACCAACGAAAAGGGAGAGAACGUGACUGUUUUCAUGCGUCUCGACCGCGGAAAGGAACCUGUUGACCACCAUACAUUCUUCUUCUUCUCCGGACCGAGGGCCCCGCAUGUCCAUCAUUCAUCAUUCGAGACCCAUGACUUCGACACACAAGUCUUGGGUCACGACUGGCUGAGGCACAGAGGCCACGAGAAUUGUUGGGGGGUUGGCCGUCACAUCAUGGGCAGUCAAAUCUUCGAUUACUGGUUUGAUCCGUCGAAGUUCAUCUUGGAACACUAUGUGGACGGGGAUCUGCUUGACAACGAGCAUCCAACAAACGUAACUCCAGCUUCUCCUGACAGCCUGCACGUAUGGGGUCCUGACUUGCCGCCUACAUUCCUCACCUAA